AUGACCUCGGGAUGGCAACCUCGCGAGCCGGCCGAGUCCACCUCGAGCCACGACGCCGACGAAGUCACGAAAUCAGAGGCACAUGAAGGCGUGCAAUCUGUCGCUCGACACAACAGCCUCGGAGUAAAUGUCGACGGUGCUGAGAAAGAAUUUGCCGAGCUACAAAGAGAGAUUAGCAGACUCAGUCAAAGAUCACGAGCGUCUGCACGACGUGACCACCAUAAUGCUGAAAAGAGCGGAGCGAAAGAUCUUGAGAAGGCAGUGCCUUCAGAAGGUGACGAGGAUGAACCCUUCGAUUUGGAGGAUGUUCUCCGUGGAAACAAACGCCUAGAAGACGAGGCAGGAAUCAAGGCGAAGCAGAUCGGCGUUCUAUGGGAGGGACUCACCGUGCAAGGCAUGGGCGGUUUCAAAAUCUUUGCGCCGACCUUUCCAGAUGCUUUUACAGGUUUCUUCGGAUAUCCAUAUCGAUUAGUCAAGGACAUCCUGGGUCUCACGCCGAAAGGCGAGCCUGUGAACAUUCUCAAAGACUUCAAGGGUGUCGUGAGACCAGGCGAGAUGGUCCUGGUCCUAGGCAGACCCGGUGCAGGUUGCACCACGUUCCUGAAAGUGAUCGCGAACCAACGAGACGGCUAUACUGGGAUUGAUGGAAACGUCAACUACGGACCCUUCAAUGCAGAAGAGUUCGCGCGGCGGUACAGAGGAGAGGCAGUAUACUGCCAGGAAGAUGAUGAACACUUCCCCACUUUGACUGUCGGGCAAACAUUGGGGUUCGCCUUGGAGACCAAAGUACCGGGCAUUCGGCCAGGCGGCCUGACCACUGCCCAGUUCAAAGACAAGGUUGUGAACAUGCUGCUGCGCAUGUUCAACAUCGAGCACACCAAAAACACCAUCGUAGGAAACGCUCAGUUCAGAGGCGUGUCUGGUGGCGAGCGAAAGCGAGUCUCCAUUGCCGAGAUGAUGAUUACUGGUGCAGCGGUAUGCUCGCAUGACAACAGCACGCGAGGAUUGGACGCAUCUACUGCGGUUGAUUACGCUAGGUCGUUACGAGUUAUCACCAACAUCUACCGGACAACCACAUUUGUUUCGCUAUAUCAAGCAUCCGAAAGCAUCUAUACUCAAUUUGACAAGGUCAUGGUAAUUGAUGAAGGACGACAAGUUUUCUUCGGUCCGGCGCAGGAGGCAAGAGCAUAUUUCGAGGGGCUGGGCUUCCUGCCUAAGCCCAGGCAGACUACUCCUGACUACCUUACCGGUUGCACCGAUUCAUUCGAGCGCGAGUAUCAAGAAGGGCGAGAUGAGACCAAUGCACCUGCGUCGCCAGAUGAGUUAGCGGAGGCAUUCAACAAUUCGAAAUAUGCCAGACAACUAGAGGAUGAGAUGGAUAAAUACAGGAAAGUGGUCGCAGAGGAGCAGCAAGUCUACGAAGACUUCAAGACUGCUGUCAUUCAAGGCAAGCGACAUGCGCCCAACCGAUCUGUCUAUUCGAUUCCAUUUCAUUUGCAGGUCGCGGCGAUUGCAAAGCGCCAGGCCACGUUGAAAUGGCAAGACAAGUUUACGCUGACGGUCUCGUACGUCACGAACAUUACCGUCGCGAUCAUUGUGGGAACCACCUGGUUGCAAUUGCCCAAGACUAGCGCAGGCGCAUUCACACGUGGAGGUGUCAUCUUCAUCGCCCUGUUGUUCAAUUGUUUCCAGGCCUUCGGAGAACUCGCGUCGACUAUGAUCAACCGAAGCAUCGUCAACAAGCACCGCGCAUAUACCUUCUACCGGCCGGGUGCUUUAUGGACCGCGCAGAUCUCCGUCGACAUCAGUUUCGCCUCCGUGCAGAUCUUGCUGUUCUCAAUACUCGUCUAUUUCAUGUGCGGCCUCGUCUACGACGCGGGAGCGUUCUUCACCUUUUACCUGGUCAUCGUGACUGGAUACCUGGCAAUGUCUCUCUUCUUCCGAACGAUGGGUUGCUUAUGCCCUGAUUUCGAUUCUGCCAUCAAAUUUGCGGCUACUAUCGUGACAUUGUUUGUUCUCACAUCCGGAUAUCUCAUUCAAUACGGUUCACAACAAGUGUGGUUGAGAUGGAUUUUCUACAUCAACGCCGCCGGUCUUGGUUUCUCGUCCAUGAUGGUCAACGAGUUCGAAAGGCUUGAUCUGACGUGUGAGGGUGCGUCGCUCAUUCCCUAUGGACCUACUUACGGCGACAUUGCACAUCAAGUAUGCACUUUGCCGGGUAGUAAGGCUGGUUCCAGCUUUGUUUCGGGGAGUGACUAUGUCGAAACUGCGUUUCUGUAUUUCCCAUCGGAGAAAUGGCGGAAUUGGGGGAUCAUCGUCGUCUUGAUUAUCUUCUUCCUAUCUACGAACGUCAUUCUUGGAGAGGUACUCCGGUGGGGUGCCGGCGGAAAGACCAUUACAUUCUACACCAAAGAGAACGAGGAGCGUAAGCAGCUCAACGAGGCCUUGAAGAAGAAGAAAAAGGAGCGAGUCCGUGGCGCCGAAGAUGCGAAUGCCUCAGAACUAUCCAUCACAUCCAAAGCUGUCUUGACAUGGGAGGACGUCUGCUACGAUGUUCCUAUUCCUUCAGGACAACUGCGUCUGCUGAAGAACAUCUAUGGAUAUGUCAAGCCUGGUGAAUUGACAGCACUGAUGGGCGCGUCUGGUGCUGGCAAGACAACACUUCUCGACGUUUUGGCAUCUCGAAAGAAUAUUGGUGUCAUCAGCGGUGACAAGCUUAUCGACGGAUUGCCUCCCGGGACUGGCUUCCAGCGUGGUACUAGCUACGCCGAGCAGCUCGAUGUGCACGAAUCUACGCAGACUGUGCGCGAGGCAUUGCGCUUCUCCGCUGAGUUGCGCCAGCCAUACGAAACCCCUCUGGCGGAAAAGCACGCAUACGUGGAAGAGAUCAUCGCCCUGCUCGAGAUGGAGGACAUUGCGGACGCGAUCAUCGGAUUCCCAGCUGUCGGUUUGGCUGUAGAGCAGCGUAAACGAGUGACGAUUGGAGUUGAACUUGCCGCAAAGCCAGAAUUGCUACUGUUCCUUGAUGAGCCCACUUCCGGUUUGGACUCACAAUCAGCUUUCAAUAUUGUUCGAUUCUUGCGCAAGCUUGCCGCUGCAGGACAGGCGAUUCUCUGCACUAUUCAUCAACCCAACGCCUCGCUGUUCGAGAACUUCGAUCGUGGAGAGACCGUUUACUUUGGCGACAUUGAGUACUUCCAACGCCACGGAGCCGUGUGUCCAUCCGACGCCAACCCUGCGGAAUGGAUGCUGGACGCUAUCGGAGCCGGCCAGGCCGCACGAAUCGGUAACCGCGAUUGGGCAGACAUCUGGCGCGACUCGGACGAGCUCGCCGCCACCAAGUCCGAAAUCAUCCGGAUCAAGGAGGAACGGCUCAAGGCGGUCAGCUCGCAGCCAAAGGUAGAACAAACCGAGUACGCUACGCCGCUCUGGCACCAGAUCAAGCUGGUGCAAAUUCGGCAGCACAAGGCCUUUUGGCGCUCACCCAACUACGGAUUUACGCGACUGUUCAAUCACGUUAUCAUCGCAUUGUUGACUGGUCUGAUGUUCUUGCAGCUGGAUGACUCGCGAACAUCGCUGCAGUAUCGUAUCUUCAUCAUCUUCCAGGUUACGGUCUUGCCAGCCUUGAUUCUAGCACAAGUGGAACCGAAAUAUGACCUCUCCCGAGUGACAUACUACCGCGAAGCCGCCUCGAAGACAUACAAGCAACUCCCCUUCGCACUGUCCAUGGUCAUGGCGGAGCUGCCAUACAGCGUUCUAUGCGCCGUGGCAUUCUUCCUGCCCAUCUACUUCAUCCCCGGUUUCAACUCAUCCCCAGAUCGCGCCGGCUUUUACUUCCUCGUAGUCCUGAUUACCGAGCUGUUCUCAGUAACGCUGGGACAGAUGAUCUCCGCACUGACGCCCAGCACCUUCAUCGCUGUGCUCUUCAAUCCAUUCAUCAUCAUCACCUUCUCACUAUUCUGUGGUGUCGCCAUUCCGCCGCAGCAGAUGCCCGCAUUCUGGCGCUCUUGGCUGUACGAACUGGAUCCAUUCACCCGACUUGUCUCCGCGCUUGUGACAAACGAGCUACACAACCUCCCCGUCAAUUGCCGCGACAGUGAACUCAAUCGCUUUACUUCGCCACCAGGCCAGACCUGCGGCGAGUACAUGCAGGCAUUCUUUGCAGAUGGCGGACCGGGCUAUCUAGUCAACAACGCCACAUCGGACUGUGCAUAUUGCGCAUACAGCAUCGGUGAUCAAUUCUUCAAGCCGUUCGGCAUGGAGUACGAGCACCGAUGGCGCGACUUUGGCAUUCUGACGGCGUUCAUCGGGAGCAAUUUGAUUUUCUUGUUCUUGGGCAGUCGGUAUUUGAACUAUAACCGACGGUGAGUUGGUUAUGAAGUUGAGGGGGGACGUAUAUUAGAUGCGGUACAUAGUCAUGGAAUCUGUUUAGCCAAG